AUGAUAAAAUGGUUCAAGCUCUUUGACGAGGAUCGUGACGGAAAAAUUUCUCUUGAAGAGUUUUGCGAGGUUUUGGGUCUUCGCAUAGAAGAAGUACGGGAAACUCAUGUGGGUCAGCAGCAGUCUGCAGCCAAACUUCAGAUAGAUUCUCGAAUACAAGUACUUUCGGCAAACAUGGAAUUGGCCGUCCAGGUGAGUAUAACGGACGAGUGCCUUCGUCUCUUCGAUCAAUUGGACAUCUUCAGUGGCCAAGCAGACAUAAAAGUUGCUACACGUAGUCUGAAGAAGUAUUUAGACAAUCGCUUUAGCCGGAUGUGGCAUGUAGUCGUAUUAACUGGCUCAUUCUGGAUGAACUACAGCCAUGAUGAUAAUUAUGCUAUUCAGUUUAAGUGUGGAAGAUAUGUUGUCUUGGCCUGGCGAACACCGCAGGCUAGCACCGAGGCCUAG